CUUGCCUCCGUCAUCGAGGAAAGAGCAGCUUGCCAUGCAGACAACUGCGCUCGAGCGGUAAAUGGAACUAGAAGAGGAUAUGACCAUCCCGCUACGGGAACAAGGGAUUGUAUCAGCUUCAUGACCACCGUCAUCCCCGUUGGAACCAUAGUGGUAGAAACCACUAAAACGGUUGAUUCAACCGUGACUAUAUACCCCUCAGGGAUAUCCGGCACCGCAGCGCGGCUCAUCGGGGAAGCUCGUUGGGCCAAACGGCAUCCUGCACCCCAAUACGGUUAUUUCACUACCAGUAGCAGCACCAACCCUAUCCCAGCCUAUGCUACCAGCGCGUGUUCCAAUCUGUCACUCUACUCUAGUGCAUGUUCUUGUCUGGGGAUAACAGCUGCCACGACUACUGCU